AUGGAAUGCUUGAGUAGUAAUUUGAAAACUUUGAAGCAAGAGAAGGCUUUUCAUUAUCGUCUAAUGUGUUCAAGGCUGGAUUUAACUCAUUUGAGAUUCGCGGAUGAUCUUCUUCUAUUUACAAGAGGAGAUGCUACAUUUGUAGCACUCUUACAUGACAAAUUCAAUAUCUUCUCAGCAGCAACUGGUCUUAAAGCUAACCCGACAAAAAGUUCUAUUUACUAUGGAGGGGUCAGCUCAGAGGUGAAACAUGACAUUCAACAGAUACUGGGCUAUAGUCAAGGAACUCUCCCUUUCAGAUCUUUUGGCACACCACUUGAUAUAAAGAAGCUCUCUGUAAUGCAAUUACAGCCACUAAUUGAUAAAAUAGUGGCCAGGAUAUCCUUUUGGACAACAAAGAAGCUAUCAUAUGCAGGAAAUACUUUCACUAUGCAAGAUGCAUAUAUGCCUACCUUCGUUUACAUAGAAGAAUCCGGUGCAUCUAUUCCUUUAACAAGAAUCAGGGAUGUUGCUUUAUUUUGGGCUGUGUCUAGUGAGACUCUUCAAAUGUUAGUUGAAAGCUACAAUAUAUCAGUGAAGUUUGAGCUAGCAGCAGUGGGGCUUAACUUGAUCAACUUGGCACUAUGGAAUAAGGCUGCAAUCACAAAAAUUUGCUGGGAAUUAGCAAACAAGAAAGACAAGCUUUGGAUCAAAUGGAUCCAUAGCUAUUACAUAAAGGAUCAAGUCUUUGCAACCAUGAGAGCUCCAAAGCAGGCAUCUUGGAUGGUCAGGAAAAUAUUGGAGCAAGGAGUAAUCUGGAUAUCACUAGCUAGCAAUAACCCAGCUCAUAAAAGGACUAUAAUCAAACAGGAAAGAUUGCUAACUGCUGAUAGAUUGAAGAACUGGGAUUCAACACCCUCCUACAACAUUGUGGAUUGCUGGCAUCAUUGGAUUGUAAUGAAAACAAAUGGGCGAUCUCAGGUGGCCACGCUGCUCAAAUUAGUGUAUACAGAGUAUACUCACACAGUGUGGAUAGAGAGGAAUGCAAGGAUCAUUGAGAAGCAAGGAACUACAUAUGAUGUCCUUGCCAGGGAGUGGUCUGCAUGUGCAAUAUUAGAGCUGAGGGUUAUACUCGUGUCCUUCUUACAAAAUGUUAAUGCUGAAUAG